GCGCAGCUGAAGCCCGUGCUGGGCGCCCGGGAGGCAGCGAUCUUCCCCGGAGAGGACCUGAAGCAGCAGCCGCCGCAGCAGCAGCACCCGGCGGGCGGCGGCGGGGGCGGCGGCGCGAACCUGCCGGCGGAGGAGAUGGUGCAGACGAGAUGUGAAAUGGAGAAAUACCUGACACCUCAGCUCCCGCCUGUUACUGUCAUCCCUGAACAUAAGAAAUACAGAAGAGACAGUGCCUCGGUUGUAGACCAGUUUUUCACUGAUAGCGAAGGGUUGCCUUACAGCAUCAACAUGAACGUCUUCCUGCCCGACAUCAGCCACCUGAGAACUGGCCUGUACAAAUCUCAGCGACCCUGUGUAACCCACAUCAAGACAGAGCCGGGCGGCAUGUUUAGCCACCAGAACGAAACUACUGCCCCUGCCCCUACCCCUGCUCCCACUCAGGCCCUCCCAGAAUUUACCAGCAUCUUCAGCUCCCACCAAACUCCUGAUGUGAACAACAUUUUCAUCAAGCAGGAGCUUCCUACUCCAGAUGUCCAUCUUUCCAUCACGCCCCAGCAAGGCCAGUUGUACCAGCUCUUGAGCUCCCCGGAUUUAGACAUGCCCAGCGCCGCUCCCCAGGCAGCCGUGAUGGACUCCCUUAGCAGUGUCUCCAUGCCCUCAGCCAUGGCGGGCCUUAACACGCUCUCCUCGGCUGUGCCACAGACUGCAAUGAAACAGUUCCAGGCCAUCCCCCCCUGUACCUACACCAUGCCAAACCAAUUUCUGCAGCAGCAGGCCACUUACUUCCCUCCUUCACCCCCAAGCUCAGAGCCUGGAAGUCCAGACAGACAAGCAGAGAUGCUGCAGAAUUUAACCCCUCCUCCAUCAUAUGCCGCAACUAUAGCUUCCAAGCUGGCGAUUCACAACCCGAAUUUACCAGCGACUCUGCCCAUAACCCCCCAGAACAUCCAACCUGUCAGAUACAACAGGAGAAGUAACCCAGAUUUGGAGAAGAGACGUAUCCACUACUGUGACUACCCAGGCUGCACAAAAGUUUAUACAAAGUCUUCUCACUUAAAAGCGCACCUGAGAACUCACACAGGAGAGAAGCCCUACAAGUGCACGUGGGAAGGCUGCGACUGGAGGUUCGCGCGCUCGGAUGAACUGACGCGCCACUACAGGAAGCACACGGGGGCCAAGCCCUUCCAGUGCGCCGUCUGCAACCGGAGCUUCUCCCGCUCCGAUCACCUGGCACUCCACAUGAAGAGGCAUCAGAACUAGGAGCUGGACUGCUCGCUGAGGCUGUUUUGUAUCUAUGCAAUUUCCUAUUGACUCUCGACACACAACUGAAAUUAGUUGAAUUUUUGAGUAUAUCCAUUUAAAAGAGAUCUUAAAAGGAACUGGAAAUGUAUAUUUUGUAUAUUUAUGCAGAAAAAGGGAAGACACUGUAUCACAAUUACCAGAGUGUUCAGUCGUUUGUUUGCUUUCAUGAUGUAUAUGGCUUUAGUCAGCAGAUUUCAUCUCUUUACAAGUAUUAUAUCUCAACACAUUGCAGCUUUUAUACUUUUUUUUUUUUCCUCUUGCAGUGUUUUGACCAAAGCACUGUCAUUAUUGUGACACUGUUUAGUAAACAAAUUAACCAGAGGAUGCAGAUAAAUGCACACAGUGGAAAAGCCAUGAACUGUAAUCUGUCAGGUUUUUACUGGACAUACUUAAGUACAUGUGGGUUUUUUUUUUUUAAUGUUAAGCCAUUCUGUGGAUAUAAAAUACAUAGAAAAAUUAAUGAACAGCCAUAGAACAAAGCAUUUUGUUCUGUGUGUUGCAUGUUUGCUAUGACAAAGAUUUUGUAAAUAUGCAAAUCAGCUUUUUAGGUUUAAUACAGAAGUUUUCUAAAAACAUCUGAAAAAAGCAGUUGUUUUACAUUUGAUAACAUGGCACAUUUAUAAAGAAAGUUACUUAAAUACCUCUCAAAAUAGUACCAAUUUAGUCAGAUAUUUUGUACCUGUUAACUCAAUGGUGUGCACUGAAUAUUCAAAGCAGGAGUUUGUUUUCAAAUUGCAUAAAA